AUGUCUCUUGAUUUGAUCGAUGAUGAGACUGUCCUUGCAACGGCGGCAGCAAACGGAGAUACAGAAAAGGUCAGAUUGCAAUUAGAGAAUGGGAUCCAGCACUCUCCACGAGAUACUUCCGAUUCGACUCCACUAUUGCGAGCUGCGGAGCACGGCCAUCGAGACACCAUACAUCUGCUACUGAAGAAUGGUGCCUCAAUAUCAGAACAGGACAGCUAUCAGCGGACGCCAUUGCAUUGGGCAUCGGUGGGUGGGCACGCGGAGGCAGCAGAGGAGCUUCUCUCUCAAGGAGCGGAUAUAUUACCUUUGAACAAGAAAGAGCAGACAUUCCUGCACUUGGCAGUGCAGAGCACGUCCGUCGAGACGGUGAGAGAGAGUACUCUUAGAGCAAGGAGCCAUGAUAUCUGCUCGCGACCUCGACGGAAGCUCGGCGUUGCAUUUAGCGGCUGA